AUACUCCAAAUAUACAAAGAACUAUACAAUGUCCACUCCAUUUGGUGUUGAUUUAGGUAACACAAACACUGUUAUUGCUUGUGCUAGAAACAGAGGAAUUGACAUUAUUGUCAAUGAAGUUUCCAACAGAGCCACUCCAACCCUUGUUGGUUUUGGUCCAAAGAACAGAUACCUUGGUGAAUCAGCCAAGAACCAACAAACUUCUAACAUCAAGAACACCGUCGACAACUUGAAGAGAAUCGUUGGUUUAGACUACGAUCACCCUGAUUUUGCCAUUGAACAACAAUACUUUACUGUUCCAUUAACCAAGAACGAAGACGGUGGUAUCAAUGCCAAGGUUAGAUUCUUAGGUAAGCAAACUGAAUUCAGCGCUACUCAAUUAGCUGGUAUGUACAUUAACAAGAUCAAGGACAUUGCCUUUAAGGAAACCAAGGCCAACUUGACCGAUAUCUGUCUUUCUGUUCCAGGCUGGUACACCGAAAAGCAACGUCGUGCUGCUGCUGACGCUUGUAAGAUUGCUGGUUUAAACCCAGUCAGAAUCGUCAACGAAGUCACCGCUGCCGCUGUUGGAUACGGUGUCUUUAAGCAAAACGACUUGCCAGAAGACGAAUUCAAGAAGGUUGCUUUUGUUGAUAUUGGUCACUCUUCCUACCAAGUUUCCAUUGCCGCUGUUAAGAAGGGUGAAUUGAAGAUCUUGGGUUCUGCCAAUGACAAGCACUUUGGUGGUAGAGAUUUCGACAGAGCUAUUGCUGAACACUUUGCUACUGAAUUCAAGGGUAAGUACAAGAUUGACGUUAGAGAAAAUCCAAAGGCUUACUACCGUGUUUUAGUUGCUGCCGAAAAAUUAAAGAAGGUUUUGUCUGCCAACACUCAAGCUCCAUUCAACAUUGAAAGUGUUAUGAAUGAUGUUGAUGUUUCUUCUUCUUUAACCAGAGAAGAAUUGGAAGAAAUGGUUAAGCCAUUAUUGGAAAGAAUCAAUGUUCCAGUUGAACUUGCUUUGCAAGAAGCCGGUAUUGCCGUUGAAGACUUGGACUCUAUUGAACUUAUUGGUGGUUGUACCAGAGUUCCAUCCAUCAAGGCCAAGUUGGCUGAAAUUUUCGGCAAGCCAUUAUCCUUCACUUUGAACCAAGAUGAAGCUAUUGCCAGAGGUAACGCUUACAUUUGUGCUUGUCAUUCCCCAACUGUCAGAGUCAGACCAUUCAAGUUUGAAGACUACAACCAAUACACCGUUUCUUACUUCUGGGACAAGCAAGAAGAUGAAGAAGACGACCACUUGGAAGUUUUCCCAAGAGGUGGUUCCUUCCCAUCCACCAAGAUCAUCACUUUGUUCAGAAGCGGUGACUUUGAAAUUGAAGCCAAGUACACUAAGCCAGAAGAAUUACCAGCUGGUACUGAUGUCAAUGUUGCCAAAUGGAAGAUUUCUGGUGUUGUUCCAUCCGAAGGUGAAGCUUCCAUUGCCACCAAGGUUAAGUUGAGAAAUGACCCAUCUGGUUUCUACACUGUCGAAGCUGCUUACACCGUCGAAGAACAAUUGGUCAAGGAAUUGAUUGAACCAGAAGUCAAGGAAGGUGAAGAAGCAGACGAAGACGCUGAACCUCAAUACCGUGAAGUCAAGAAGUUGGUCAAGAAGAAUGACUGCACCAUUGAAUUGGAAAGUGCUGCCUUACCACCAGCCAAGCUUCAAGAAUUGAUUGAACAAGAAAACGCGAUGGUUAUGGAAGACAAGUUGGUCGCUGACACUGAAGACAGAAAGAAUGCUCUUGAAGAAUACAUUUAUGACUUGAGAGGUAAGUUGGAUGACCAAUACAGUGAAUUUGCUUCUCCAGAAGAAAAGGAAAAGUUAUCCGGUAUGUUGACCAAGACUGAAGACUGGUUAUACGAUGACGGUUACGAUUCAACCAAGGCCAAGUAUAUCGCCAAGUACGAAGAAUUGGCUUCUAUUGGUAACAUCAUCAGAGGAAGAUACUUAGCCAAGGAACAAGAAAAGAAAGAACAAUAUAGACAAAAGCAAGAAGCUGCCCAAGCUGCUGCUAUGGCUGAAAAGAUGGCUGCUGCCAGAGAAGCUUCCAAGAAGCAAGAUGAAGAUGUUGAAAUGGAUUAAAGUUUAGGCAUUUAAUAUUAAUUUUAUAAAAAUGAGAUAAAUUUUGUUGU